AUGGCCGAGGACGACUUCUGUGUCCUGAGCACCCUUGGGGCCGGCAGCUUCUCUGUCGUCGUGCUGGCCCGCCAUCGUCACAGCGGCAGAAAAGUGGUCAUCAAGAAGAUGAAGAUGCUGGGGCAGACAGGCCUGGAGAUGGCGCAUCACGAGUGCAACAUCAUGCGAGGUCUGAGCCACCCCAACAUCUUGCCCCUGCUGGGCACCAUAGAGAGGGCAUUCCAACUGCAGCUGGUCAUGCCCUACGUGAGGGGGGGAGACCUGCGGGACUAUCUCUGCCGCAAGGGCCCCAUGAGGGAGGAGGAGGCCAGAAGGGUGUUCCGCCAGUUGGCCUCGGCUAUGGAAUAUUGCCAUGCCAAAGGAAUCGCUCACAGGGACCUGAAACCUGAGAAUAUUCUCGUGCAAAGCCUGAACCGGGUCAAGAUCACGGACUUUGGCCUGAGUGGCCAUUUUCUCCAGCAGUCCAUGGACAGCCUGCAGGGCACCUUAGGCUACAUGGCGCCCGAGAUAGUGACGGGGGGCACCUACGGCCCCGGGGUGGACAUCUGGAGCCUGGGGGUGGUGUUGUAUGAAAUGGUGAAAGGUCACCUGCCAGAGGAACGACCCAUCUGGACUCUAUUCAGAAGGAAGCCCCAUCUCUCCCAGGAGCUCCGACACCUUCUGCACCGCAUGCUCAACUCUGACCCCAAGGAGCGAAUUGGCUGGCCAGAGAUCCUGAGCCACCCAUGGGUGACCCAGGGCAUGGGACCCAUGGAAGCCUACAGGGAACCCACCUCCUCCGAUGAGCCAGCCCCAGCUGAGCAGUCCAUUCCUUCCAGCCUGCUGCCAACUUUGUUGCGGCUGCUGUCUGGGUCCCCACAAGGGUGGCAGGACACGUGUCCACCCGCUCAGGACAUGAGGAUACAGGGCCCCUCGCAUGGCCUGGUGGAGGCCGAGAGCUGA